AUGUUGCAAAGCGUUGUUUUUCUAUUCCUGACUGGUCUUCUAUCAACUUCGGUUGCUGCCUAUCGCUUCAACUGGAACAACAUUACCUGUAAAGGCCUUCAUGGACCUCAUUGCGGAACCUACUUGCUGCAAGUCAAGGGCCAAAAUGAUACUUUCAUAGGUCAAAGCUACUUUGUUGGCGCCGACGCUCUCGCUAACGACGCCACUGACGCAUGGGGCAGAUUUCUCAGCGAAGAGUACCGUUUCAUUCCAAGACUAACCACUGUUCAAACCUUGAAUGACACCGCGAACUUCCGUCCCUUGGUGGGCUCAACCGACAAGGAAACAUGCAACUUCGUGGCUGUUGAAAAUGCAGUCGUUCCAUACAUUAACACUGUGACCAAUGAGCUGUCUUACGAUAGUUGGAGUUCUCUAAGCAUGAACUCGACAGCGGUCACCGGAAUUGCUCCUCAACUGCUACAAGCUUCGACUUACGGCGUCCAGGUCGCUAUUUGCAGCCCUGGCUUUAUUACCGACUUGUUUCAAUCUCCUACUGUCAAUAUUUUCAAUGCCGAAGACACUUUGCCACCUUGGUGUCAGGCCAUUGAGGUUGAAGCGGUUUGUCCAAAUGAUGUCAACUACUAG